GUUGCCAAUUGGCAUUUGGCAUGUUGUUGCUUAUAGUAUUUGAUACUCUUUCUUAUUUUUUUGUUAUUUAUUCGCAAUAGAGAAUGGCAAAAGCUAGUGAGUCGGCUUUAAAGAGCAUUGGGAAGGUCCUCAAUGAUCCUUCAAGGCCAAUGAAGGAGCGUUUCCGUGCGCUAUUUACUCUAAGAAACUUAGGCGGUGAAACCGCUAUUGAGUGCAUUAGUCAGUGUUUUGUGGAUGAAUCUGUGCUGCUGAAGCAUGAAUUAGCUUACUGUUUAGGUCAAAUGCAGGAUCAACGCGCAAUACCUGUACUUAGAAGUGUUUUAGAGGACAAAAACCAGGAUCCCAUAGUUCGCCAUGAAGCAGGUGAAGCUUUAGGCGCCAUAGGAGAUCCAAACCUUAGAGAGUUACUAGAGAAGUACCAGCAUGAUCCUGCAAUUGAAGUGGCAGAGACCUGUCAGAUAGCAUUGCAGCGGCUAAACUGGGUGGCCAAUGACAGUACCAAAGAGGUUAAUUUGUCAAAGAGUUUGUUCACAUCCAUAGAUCCUGCUCCACCGAGCAGUGAGAUUGAUGUAGAGAAUCUAAAGAACACUUUAAUGGAUGAAUCUAAGCCUCUGUUUGAGAGAUAUAGAGCUAUGUUCAGUUUAAGGAAUUUGGGCACCACUGAGAGUAUUAAUGCUUUGGGUGAAGGUUUCAAAGCAUCCAGCGCCCUCUUCAGGCAUGAGGUAGCAUUUGUGUUUGGUCAGAUGCAAGAUGAGAGGAGUGUUCCUUUCUUGAAGAAGACCCUUGAGGAUACCAGUGAGCAUGAGAUGGUGAGACACGAGGCGGCUGAGGCACUGGGCUCUAUUGCCACUGAAGAAUGUACUGAGGUGCUACAAAGGUAUCUGAAUGACCCUCGUCCAGUUGUCCGCGAGAGUUGUGAGGUGGCGCUGGAUAUGUCGGAGUACGAGAACAGUCCAGAAUUCCAAUAUGCAAACACGUUGCUUACUGUCGAGGGCUGAUACUUAAUUUGUUAUAAUAUUUAUUAUAUUUUUGCUAAGAAAUAGUUCUGUGAAUUAUACAAUGAAAUAUGUUUUAAUUAUCAUGAUAUUGAUAUGUUCAGUUGCUGAUAUUAUUUGGGCACCUCAUUUAAGGUUUGAUAAACAUUAGGAACUAGCUUCUGCCCGCGACUUCGUACGCGCAAUCUCGUUUUCUUCCGUGCCCGUAGGAUUUUCAGGACUUUUUUCUGUCAUAAGAACCUUCUCCUGACAAUAAUAAACAUAAAAAAGAUCAGCCAAAUCGGUCUAGCCGUGCUCAACUUAUGGCGUGACAACAGGAAACGGGUUUCAUUUUUAUAUAUAUACUAGCCUUUAUCCGCGGCUUCGCUCGCGUCACAAAAGGAUAAAAAGUAGC